CUUCUCUCGGGGCGGUCGCGCAGGCAGCGGCUGCGGCUGGCUGGACACCCGGCGUCAUGUACUACAAGUUUAGUGGCUUCACGCAGAAACUGGCGGGAGCAUGGGCUUCGGACGCCUAUAGCCCACAGGGAUUAAGGCCUGUGGUUUCCAGAGAAGCACCGCCAAUCAUAUUUGCCACGCCAACCAAACUGACUUCUGAUAUUACUGCAUAUGAUUAUGCUGGGAAAAACAAAGUCCCGGAGCUGCAAAAGUUUUUCCAGAGAUCUGAUGGUGUGCCUAUCCACCUGAAACGAGGCUUGCCUGACCAAAUGCUUUACCGGACCACCAUGGCGCUGACGGUGGGAGGGACCAUCUACUGCCUUAUUGCCCUCUACAUGGCUUCACAACCCAGAAACAAAUGAGUCAGCUGCAUAGGACUGGUUUGCUUUUUGGCAUAAACCCUUUGAAUUUUCAUUGUUUCUGUAUUUUUUUUUUUUUUACUUGAAUGGCCUGCUUAACAUUUUACAAGAAACAGAUAUUAAGACAAUAUUUUGGCUUGUUUAUGAAAUUCACAUGGCCUUUCAGAGCUCAUUCGACAGUUAAAACUUGUUUAAAGAAUGCUGCUGCUCUCCUUGUCUGGGCUCCUGAUUUCCCUGGCGGUGUUGGAUGAAGGCUGUACUCAUUAACAACAGUGUGUGCUGAGGUCCUUGGGGACUUACGUUGUUGAGCAUGGGGUGCAGAAGUCUUUCUGGAUUUGGAUGUGACUGAGGAAGGAAGACAGAAGUCAAGACCAGGUGCAUGAAAAUUAGGGAUUUAAGUUAGAGGUCGCCUUGGGGAUUUUGCAACCAUGUAGUAAAAUGUUAAUAGAAAUUAUUUGCAGCCUGCUUCUAUUCUUUGGGCAGUUAGUUUCAAAGGGUUUUUGCCUCCUUUUAGAUCGUGAUUGAUAAUUUAUGUAUAAUUGUUAUGUAUUUAUUCCACCAUGGGAACAGAGAACACCUGUUUAGUGUUGCACUUUAGACUGAUGUCUCUUUCAUUAAUGCAGCUGUGACAAAUCCUCCUUUACCUUUUAAAAAUGUGGCUUUAAGUUAUGAUUAAUUUUGAUUGUGGAAUAAAUACAUGAAUGAAAAAUCUCAAGUUUGAAGUCCUUUUAAAUGACCUUUUAAAGUAAUUUCUGAAUACCAGAGACCUCUUAAACCUGAUUCUAAUUUGUUUUUAAUUAGGCACCAGAUAAUCUUCACAAAAUGGUUCCUUAAAAAUCAAAUAAUAGGAAGCUAAUGGCACAUUGAUGGUUACCAUAUGGUUCCUUAUAAGAAACCUUUUGUCCCCUUAUGAAAUGUGCCUGUAACACACUGUUCUUUUGUACAUUAAUUUCCUGUACUAUAACAAUUAGUAGACUUCACAUACCCUUUAUUUUGAAAUAGCUGAAAAAAGGCAGAGUUUUAUGAUACAUAAUCGGGUGGUCUGUAUCUUGCAAUAGCAAGGAAGGUGACCUCUUAACUGGGGAUAAAACAGUUUUUGAUAAUAGGGGCAUUCUCACAGGUUAGGAAGCGCUAAUUUGUACAGGUGUAAACAUUUCUAAAUUUGUUUUGAAAAGUCAAGACUAUAAAAAGAUGAUAAGAACAGUAUAAUACACACUGUACAUCCUUUCUUAGAUGACCAGUUAUUGCCAACUUUGCUUUUUCUCACAAACAGGCACACAUGAAUGUACAUAUGUGUAUAUUGGGGCUUUGCUGAGCUAUCUAAGGUUAAGCAAUGCAGUGACGGUAAUUCAGCCAUGAAUACUUGAGCCAGUAUCUUCUAUGAAUAUUUUCUUUCAUGACAAAGAUCUAGCCUUCACAAUGAUGACAAUAUAACUCCCUAACAUGUGACAGUUGACCCUUGAACAACAUGGGCUUGGACUGCCAGGGUCUGAUUAUGCAUAAGUGAACUUUUUUCCAAAUUGCUUUUCCUAAGAAUAUUGAAAAAAAUU